GGAAAGAUUGAAGGCAAACGAGGUCCAGGCAGAAGAAGAACAUCAUGGCUUCAAAAUCUAAGGGACCGGUUUGGACAAAACUCAGCAGCCCUUUUUCAUGCAGCUGUUGACAAAAAUAGGAUCGCCAACGUCCAAUGAUGGAUACGGCACAAGAAGAAGUUCUCCAAGGGGCUGCCACAAAGAAGAGAGGUACAACCUAUUCUCCAAGGCACCUGAGGGCAAGACAAGAAGUACCGGAUGAAAAAUCAACCAAAAGAGAGCCAACCUAGAAUUAAGGAGAAAGUUCCUGUCAGAACAAUUAAUCGGUGGAAUGGCUUGCCUUCAGAAGUUGUGGGUGUUUUGUCAUUGGAGGUUUUCAAGAAGAGACCAGACAGCCAUUUGUAUGGAGUGCCUCCUUUUCUCCGGUUGUGGGAACUUUUGCUCCACUCCAUGCUGCGAGUCUUCAUCCUUUCAGGCCGACAGCUCAUGCCACUCUCUGGGACCUAACCUAGAGUAAAUCUUGGCCCCGGCCAGGGUUGGGGUGGAGCCAUGGGCAGUUCAGCCUCAUCGCUGGCCGCCGAGACGGAGUCGGACCAUGGCUUUACUGGCCCAACCUAUCCUGGGCAUCUGGCAGCAAGCUGGUAUAGAAGUAACCAUGGUGGCCCCGUUUGGGACAGUGCCCUUAUAACACGGCAACACCCGCACGUGAAUCACCGGGCACGAAGCCACACCCACUCUUCUGGUUCUAUGGCCACUGUGCGGGAAUGGUCUUGCACCCGCUGUACUUUCCUGAACCCCGUCGGACAGCGCCAAUGCUCCAUCUGCGAGGCCCCCCGCCAGAAGCCCGACCUCAAUCACAUCUUGCGCCUGAGCGUGGAAGAGCAGAAGUGGGCCUGCGCCCGAUGCACCUUCAGGAACUUUGUGGGCAAAGAGGCCUGCGAGGUUUGCGGCUUCACCCCCGAACCCGGCCCGGGGGGCUCCCCUCUGCCAAUCCUCAAUGGGGUCCUGCCAAAACCCACCGUCCUAGUAGAACCCAAAGCCAGUUGCAAGGAGGAGAUGCCCCAGAUGGAGAGCCCCGUUGAGGAUUCGGGCGGGAAGAGCCCCGAAGAGGCAGAGCUGGAGGAGGGCUGGGCCUGCCAACGCUGCACCCUCCACAACACCCCUGUCGCGAAUUCCUGCUCGGCCUGUGGGGGUCCCCGCAAGCUCUCCCUGCCCAAGAUCCCUCCAGAGGCGCUGGUGGUCCCUGAAAUCAUCACUCCCGCUGGUUUCCAGAUAGCUCCCGCCACCGAGACCCCAGAGGGCCACCCAGCCGCCAAUCAAGGCACCGCCCUUGUGGAGGAAGAGAGCCAGAAGAUGCCAGCCUUCAGCCUUUUCUCCCCGGGUCUCCAGAACAACCCCGUUCCUCGUAGCCGCCGAGAGGUGCCCCCCCAACUCCAGCCCCCAGCUCCUGAAGCUUCCCAACCGGCUUCCCCACCAACCCCCGUGCAGAAGGCCAUUCGCUUCCAGGAAAUGAUGGCGACCAAGCGGCUAAGCGUGCUGGAGGAAGAGAUGGAUGUCAGCGUGCCGCCCUGGCAGUGCAGCACCUGUUCCCUGCUCAACACCUCGGGGAGUGAGGCCUGCGAGGCUUGCAGCAGCCAGAAGGGCAGUGACACUAUCGACCUGACGGGGGACUCCGUUCGUUUUACACCUUGUGGGCCCUCCAGCCCCGACUUCACCACCUGGUCCUGUUCCAAGUGUACCUUGAAGAACCCUACCGCUUCCCAGAAGUGCAAAGCCUGCGGUUCCUCCAAACUGCACGGCUUCCAGGAACAUAGCUUGCAGCCGGACCCGGCUCCCAAGUGCCCCGAAUGCGGCUCGGACAAAGGCAGGUGUGCGGCUUGUGGUACCCGAGCUCCUUCCGCCCGCAAAGUAGCCCGUCUCUUCCCCUUGCAGCCCCCAGUCACCCCUGAGCUAGCCAGCCAGUGGGCGUGCCCUGCUUGCACACUCCUCAAUGAGCUGAAGGCCAAGCACUGCCUCGCCUGCCACACUCCUCAAGUCUACAUGGCACAGCGCAAGGGCAUCAAGCCGCUACGGCGGCGCGAGAGCAUGCACGUGGAGAAGCGGCGGCAGACGGACGAGGGGGAGGCCAAAGCCCUCUGGGAGAACAUUGUCUCCUUCUGUCAAGAGAACAAGGUGAACUUUGUGGAUGACAGCUUUCCUCCCGGUCCCAAGUCAGUUGGCUUUCCCGAAGGAGACAGCGUCCAGCAGCGAGUCAAACAGUGGCUUCGGCCUCACGAAAUCAACUGCAACAUCUUCAAAGACCGGUCGGUCAAGUGGUCAGUUUUCCGGACGCCCCGACCUUCAGAUAUCCUGCAGGGACUCCUGGGAAACUGUUGGUUCCUGAGUGCGCUGGCAGUGCUGGCAGAGCGGCCCGAAUUGGUGGAAAGGGUCAUGAUCACAAGGACCAUGUGCCCCGAGGGGGCUUACCAAGUCCGGCUAUGCAAAGAUGGCACCUGGACCACCGUCCUCGUGGAUGAUAUGCUGCCCUGCGAUGAGUGUGGCUAUCUCCUCUUCUCUCAGGCUCAGAGGAAACAGCUAUGGGUGGCUCUGAUUGAGAAGGCCUUAGCCAAACUCCACGGCUCAUACUUUGCCCUCCAAGCAGGGCGCGCCAUCGAAGGCCUGGCUACGCUGACCGGCGCUCCCUGCGAGAGCUUGAUGCUGCAGGUCAGCUCCACUAACCCUCGCGAGGAGGCCAUUGACACUGACCUCAUCUGGGCCAAAAUGCUGAGUUCUAAGGAGGCUGGCUUCCUCAUGGGAGCAUCGUGUGGAGGAGGCAACAUGAAGGUGGAUGAUGCGGCCUAUGAAAGCAUGGGUCUUCGCCCACGACAUGCGUACUCCAUAUUGGAUGUACGAGACGUGCAAGGACGCAGACUGCUGCGACUUCGUAAUCCCUGGGGCCGCUUCUCUUGGAAUGGCAGCUGGUCUGACGAAUGGUCCCACUGGCCCUCCCAUUUGCGUCAUGAGCUGAUGCCCCAUGGGAGCAGCGACGGGGUCUUCUGGAUGGAAUACAGCGAUUUUAUCAGGUAUUUUGACUCCGUGGACAUCUGCAAGCUUCAUUCAGACUGGCACGAAGUGCGUGUGCAGGCGGCUUUCCCCAACAAGGCCAGUGGGCCCAUAACGGUCACGUCACUGACUGUGCUGGAGCGAGCAACUUUGGAGUUUGCCCUUUUCCAGGAAGGCAGCAGACGCUCGGACACCGUAGACAGCCAUCUCCUCGACCUCUGCAUCAUGGUGUUCCGGGCCACCUUCAUCAAUGGGAGCAAGCUAAGCCUGGGACGCCUGAUGGCCCACAGCAAGCGAGCGGUCAAGAAAUUUGUCAACUGUGACAUCAUGCUGGAGCCGGGCGAGUACGCCGUGGUGUGCUGUGCCUUCAACCACUGGACUACCCCAGUACCGGGGACCUCAGGCCCAGGCUCCAGCCCUACAUCUAGCAGCGAAUGCCCGCCCACCGAAGUCUCCAGCUACAUCUUGGCCAUCUACGGUUCCCGCCUCGUGAUGGUAGAACAGAUUGAGGCCCAAUCGACCACCCUGGCCGACGCCAUCAUUCUCCUCACGGAGAACAAGGGCGAGCGGCAUGAGGGGCGUGAAGGGAUGACCUGUUACUACCUGACCCACGGCUGGGCCGGUCUCAUUGUCGUGGUGGAGAAUCGGCACCCCAAGUCCUAUCUCCAUGUCCAGUGUGAUUGCACAGAUAGCUUCAAUGUCGUAUCCACUCGGGGCAGCUUGAAGACACAGGACAGCGUGCCACCUUUGCACAGGCAGGUCCUGGUGAUUUUAUCCCAACUGGAAGGAAACGCCGGAUUCUCCAUCACGCACCGCCUGGCUCACCGCAAGGCCACCCAGGCGUUCCUCAACGACUGGAUGUCAACAAAGGGGACGCACAACCCCCUGCUCACCCCCGAGGUGGCGGGACUUCACGGGCCCCGGCCGCUAUGACAAAGGGCCCCCCCUGCCCCCCUCUUCUGCUUCUGCCUUUUUCUAGCCCCGCCUGUCUCGUGCAUUGCCCCAGCUGUCCGUCCAGAGCCCGUCAGGAUUAAGGAGGACCGACGAAUCGCGGGUUUCAAAUUAAGCGCCUCGUCUCCUGUUCUCUGGGGCUAGGCUGGGAGCUGCUCAGGUUCCCCUCCCCACUCCCUCUCUUGAAACCCCCCCCCCUUCCCUCCCCUUUCCCACAGAAGAUGCACUUUAUCCAAAGCUGCGGUCAGGAUAGGAGAGAAGGAAAAAAAUUUUUAGAGCUGCGGGGGAAGGAUGCCCCCCCUCGCAGAUUCCAGCAUACCGAACGGCCUGAGCGCUGCCAGCUGCUUGGCGCGGGGACGCGGUCGUCCUUCCCCUCAGCCACCCGGAUAUCCUACGGCUGCAACAAUAUACCUCUGGCGAAUGUGUCUGUCUGUCUGUCUGCCUGCCUUCCCUCGCGGUUCAUGGCGUCAGCAGCUGAGGAGAAGGGCGGGUUAGAGGAGGUCCUUUGCUCCAUUAAGGGUGAAGGAGGUGGGUUUUCGUCCCCCUUCUAGUUAUCCAGGCCCAGGAGAUUGACAGCAGGGGUUGCCCAACCCCUGGCAACUUUUAAGUCUCGUGGACUUCAACUCCCAGAAUUCCCCAGCCAAAAUUUAAGACCUGUGGACUUCAGCUCGGUUCAGGCAAGCUGGCUGGGGAAUUCUGGGAGUUGAAGUCCACAGGUCUUAAAGUAACCAAGGUUGAAGACCCCUGAUUUCCAGAGAGAUGGAGCCCGCCAAAUCCACCUGGGUAGACCUGGCCUGCAGUUGCCUAAGGUGAGUUGGCAUUUCACACCAGCCCCGAAGCAGGUUGCAUAUGAUGCCACCAACCAUCUCACCAUGCAACACAAGCCAAGAAGCAGCUGUGAGAGACUGGUGGUGAGCCAGCCUGGAGGGACCUGUUGCUUGCAACACAAUGGAGCCAUACUGAAGACAUACUGAGCUGGAGGGGGGGGGGGGUCUUUGCUUUGGUACCUGCCCCUGGUUCCUUCCUUGUAACCACCCACUCCCACCCGGGGCUGGGCGAGGAACCCAGGCCCACCCUUCCAUUUUGGUUGACCGGCCAGCUAAUGCUUCAUCCGCCUGGGAAGAGCAGAAGGUCUUGAUUUGUUUUUGUGUUGUUGUGUCCUUGUCGGUUGUCCUCCAGGGAGGCGAAGCAAAGUGUGCGUUUGUUGGGUCGCAAUGUCCUUUCAUUGCAGCUGGAGGCUGAAAUGGAGGAAGGGAGCACACAGGACCCCCCCACCCCCGCUCCUUAGAAAGAGUUGGGAGUCCAUUUCCUUGUGCGAGCUCUGUAUUUGUUAAAAGAGGGAGGGGAGCACUUUCCCCACCCCCAAUGUCUGCUUUUGGCCCCUUCUCCAUCCCCCCACCAAGAAAGAUGAGCCAGAAAUCAGCCAUGGGAAGGAGAGGAAAACAGGUUAGGGACUGUUUGUCCCUCCGCCUUCCGUGCUCCAGAUUUCACUCUACCUGGAAGGUUUGACAGGUGGGCAACGUACCUGAAGACAUGGAGCGAGUUUAGCACUUUUGCAUUCUGCAGUUGGAUGCUUAGCCUCCCACCGUGGAGAGAUCCUUCCGUUUUCCCACGAAGGUGAGCCGAAUCCUGCCGGGAGUUGCUGGGCUUCCAAUGGAUCAGGUCAGAAUGGUCGGGAGAAGGUCGAAGAGGAGUCGCUGAGCCCCAUCAAGAUCCGCGGAGUUUUAGACUCGGGAACAGGGUAAUGCAGGACAGGGUUUCUAGUGAAACAGGAGGGGUUCAAAGCCCAGGGAAGCAGGGAUAGCGUUGGUCUUGCCCAACCCUCUUGAUCUGAAAAGAGAGGGUUGGAGGAAGCAUGGACGCAAGAAUGUUGAGGAGUCGGCAGUAGCCGAUGUUCCUCUUUCGGUUCUCUAAAAGUUUAGGGAACUUGGACUUGGUGGUCUCCCGUCUAAGCUCACGAAUUCCUGCCCCUGUGCUGCCGAUGAAGGCAUUUAGAGAAGGUUUUAUCUCGAAUCUGCUGCAGAUAGGAGAUAAUGCCCCUUUCCUCUUCCUCGGCCUCUUUGUCUAGGCAGAAGAUGCGGGAGGAUAGCAAGGAUGGGGCUGGGAGAAGAGGCGGACUCGUGCCCUUCGUUUGAAAUUUGAGGUGGUGGGGGGAAGUGGGACUUCCCAGUGGGUCUGGGAGGAGGGGAGGAUUUGGCCCAUUCGCUUGGCCCAUUUUCCUCUAGAGAUGAGUUUGUUGUUUAGCAAGACCAAAAGGGAAGUGAAACGGUCAACGCUUGGCCAUCGUUGGCUUAAACGAGUCGUCUGGAGACGCAUGCGGCGACUGAACCUUCUCCAGAGUCUCUGGUCUACCACGUAGCGGAACGACCACAAUCAUGGUUCAUGCUUGGCUGGUGGGAUCUCCUGCCACCAGACCAUGCCAACUUUUUAGCUCUGCGAGCUUGAUCGCAAAUGGGACAGAGCCAUAGACAGAAAGAGAGAGAGAGAGCGCAUUAACUCAGGCCGGUUAGAGAAGGGAAAAAGGUGAAAGGAUCUAGGUACCCUUAAAGAAAGUGGGGGGACCUGCUCCUGUGUAAACACAGCAGCUGAAACUAGGAACUAGAGAUGCUGUCCCGCACCAUUCCAUUUCAUCCGCCAGUGUCAAGUAGGGGAUAGAUCCCCAGUCGAUCAGAGAAUCCUGCAUUCUGCAAAAUUGGAGCGAUUCUCUGGUCCAGGGAUCUCCAACCUUGGUCCCUUUAAGACUCGUGGACUUCAAUUCCCAGAGUCCCUCAGCCAGCAAAGCUGGCUGAGGAACUCUGGGAGUUGAAGUCCACGAGUCUGAAAGGGACCAAGAUUGGAGACCCCUGCUCUGCUCCUUCUCCCCCCUGGAAAGAAAAAUGAUGGGGAUGGAAACUUUUUGGCCACAGAGAUGACAAAAGAUGUGGACAUCCUUCUAGAGCAGUGAUGGUGAACCUUUUUUCCCCCCCUCGGGUGCCAAAAGCGUGCACGCCAUAGCGCGUGUGCCGACACCCAUAAUGCAAUGCCUCACCACCCACGCAUGCGCGUGUUCCCCCCCGCCAGGCAUGCAUGUGCAACCCCUCGUGCUCCCCCCCCCCGCAUGCAGGUGCGACCCCCAUUUUGGUGCUAGCAGGCCUCCCUGAAGCCGCCUAGAACCAAAAACGGGGGAGGGGGGGUACCACAUGCCAUUGUCCCAUUUUGGUGCUAGCAGGCCUCCCUGAAGCCUGGAACCAAAAACUAGGUGCCUGCGGGCACUGCACCACCACCCCGCAUAUGCGCAUGCGAUACCAGCCCCGCUCAUGCAUGCACGCCUCCCGGCACAGACUCAAAAAUCAGCUAGCCGGCGGGAGGCACGCGGGCAUGCACAGUGGAGCUGACCUGGGCGUCGGCUCGCGUGCUGACAGAGAUGUCUCCACGUGCCACAGUUUUGCCAUCAUGGUUCUAGAGCAAAAGUGACAGCUCUGUGUUCAGAAAAAAGCCAGCAAUUUCAGUCUUCCAGCACUUGCUUUGGGGGAUGUUGUAGUUUCGUGGCCUUUAGUGGCAGGUGGCCAUGGUUCGGGGGAGUUGCAUUGGGGAACGGGCGGAGGUGGGGCGAGGUGAUGAAACACCUUUCUAGGAAAUCUUGACCAGCUGGUUUUGCUCACUUGCCCAUCCAAAGGGUCACGGCCAGCAACCCGAUCCUUCCAAUGUUUUGACAUCCCUUCAGACGUCGAGAGUUUGGUUGAACUGACAUUUCCUGGCUGCAGGAAGGACUUGACCUGAGUGGUGCUAGUGGCCUAGAGGUGGAGCUCUCCCCUCACAAUCAGGAGGUUGUGUGAGUUCGAUCCUAGGUAGAGGCAGAUGUUUAUUUCUCUCUCUCUCUGGGCACACUUGAGAAUCUAUCUGCCGAAUAUAACUCCGCAUUGGCAACAGGAAAGGGCAUCCGGCCAGUAAACACUCAGCUCCAUUCAGUUGCCCAAGACUCCACCCCGAUGCAAGGGAUGAUGGGGUCGUUAAAAGAAGAUGAUGAGGAAGGACUCGACCCGGGAGUUAUUACUCUUCUCUCUCUCUUCGUGGAGAGCUCAAGACAGCUUCCAUGUGUUUUUAAUAGCCAUUCUUCUUCUCGGAGAACCUUGAGCAGGGGGUGGGGGGGGUAGGAAUGUUUAGCAAUUCACACCGAUGUCGAAACAGAUUUGUUUGCAAAUAUGCCAUAAACUCUCAGGAGGAGGGAGGGAGGGAGAAGGGCUUUGAUGUGUAGGACAUGGCUGCAUCGACAUCGCAUGGAAACCUCCAGAAGGACAGGGUAUGCCUGAACUGAGGGCUAAUAUGGCAUUGCCAGGACUUGGGGAAUGAAGCAGCAAUGCCAAUCUUUUUAUCAUACAUCCUACUUGUAACAUUUAUUCCUCACCCAUAUUUCAGGUAGCAGCAGGAAAGGAAGCUUAAUUUCCUUUUCCCUGUUUUGUUUCUUCCGCUCCUUCGCCCUCCUUCACGUUGGCGCCCAAGUCAACGUCCAUCCUGCCUGCAUUUCGUUGUCCCGGGCCAACAGAAACGGCCCAGUUCUUCCUCAUUUAUUCGUUUGGGAUUCCGUCCGAAAAUUAUGUCAGCCAUUUCUGCUUUCUUAAAAUCUUUUUUUCUUUUCUUUUUCGUGUCUAAUGUAUGUGCGUGUGUCUUUCGGUUCACUCUCAGCUGAGCUGUGAAUAAUUUUUAAUCAUGUAAAUAAUUGUGCACCUCUUAAAAGAAAAAGCAUAGGAUAUUUUAUCAAUUGUAAAUCAAAUCUGUAAUCAGUUCCCUGUAUAAUAUGAAUUAUCCCAUGAGUGGUUUUCAAGCUCAGGUUCCAAAGGACCAAAUAAGAAUUAAAAAGUUGGGUUUUUUAAAAAAUUGUUUGCCUUGGUCGACACGUUUGUGAGAGAUGCAGAUGUUGGAAUAGUGAAAAGGGUACGUUUACAUAUAUUUUUUCUCCGCUGGGGUGUUUGGGAGGUGUGCAAUUACAAUUUCCAUCGCUUUUAAUCAACACACCUAAGAACACUGCUCAACUUUGCUGACUUCACACUAUGUGGACGUCAACUCACAGAAUUUCCCAGCCAGCCAGAAUUCUGGGAGUUGAAGUCCCCACAUCUUAAAAGUUGCCAAGAUUAGAAAACAUUGGUUUCAACCAGUAGUGGGUUGCUACCGGUUCUCCCCAGUUCGCAAGAACCGGUAGUAAACAUUUUGAGUAGUUCGGAGAACCGGCAGUAAAAAUUCUGCCUGGCCCCGCCCCC